AUGUCCGACCGAGGUACUUUUGACACCAACGUGGUCACCGUGACCCGCUUCGUCAUGGAGGAGGGCCGCCGGGUGAAAGGGACCGGGGAGCUCACCCGGCUGCUCAACUCCUUGUGCACGGCCGUCAAAGCCAUCUCCAGCGCGGUGCGCAAAGCGGGCAUCGCUCACCUCUACGGCAUCGCGGGAAGCACCAACGUGACGGGCGACCAGGUGAAGAAGCUGGACAUUCUGUCCAAUGACCUGGUCAUCAACAUGAUCAAGUCAUCCUUCACAUCCUGCGUUCUGGUUUCGGAGGAAAACGAAAAAGCCAUCAUCGUAGAACCUGAGACCAGGGGCAAGUACAUUGUGUGUUUCGACCCGCUGGAUGGUUCAUCUAACAUUGACUGCUUGGUCUCCAUUGGAACAAUCUUUUCCAUCUACAAGAGGGAAAGUGAGGACGGCGAGCCUUGCGAGAAGGAUGCCUUACAGCCCGGUAGGAACCUGGUGGCGGCUGGCUAUGCCCUCUACGGCAGCGCCACCAUGAUGGUGCUCUCCACCGGAACCGGAGUUAACUGCUUUAUGCUCGACCCGGCCAUCGGUGAGUUCAUCCUGACCGAGCGGAACGUGAGGAUCAAAAAAAAGGGCAAGAUCUACAGCUUGAACGAAGGCUAUUCCAAAUACUUUGAGCCGGCCGUCAUCGAGUAUUUGAGCAAUAAGAAGUUUCCUCAGGACGGGACCGAGCCAUACGGCGCUCGCUACAUCGGCUCCAUGGUGGCUGACGUGCAUCGGACACUCAUGUACGGCGGGAUCUUUUUGUAUCCAGGCAACUCAAAGAGCCCCGAGGGAAAGCUGCGUCUGCUGUACGAGGGCAACCCCAUGGCCUUCAUCAUCGAGCAGGCUGGGGGCGCUGCUUCCACGGGCUUCCAGGACAUCCUGGACAUCCAGCCGGUGGGCAUCCAUCAGAGGGCCCCCGUGGCCAUGGGCUCUCCUGACGACGUGGCGGACUACGUGGCUGUCUGCCGCAAGCACGCCACCAAGGCCAAGUGA